AUCGUCGCAAUGAUCGAUCUUAUUUUCGCUUGCUGCUAGGCUAGGGCGAUCAAUCGCUUGAUCCAUGGCCGCGACACGCCGGGUCGCCGACAAGAUCGCUAGGAACAUCUAUGACGACAUCUACAGGUGUAGUUUCAAGCAUCAGAUCGGUGUCAAUCUCAAGCUGAUGAUGGAUUUCGGCGCAUUCCCCACGGAGAAGAAUCUCCUCAUCGCCGCGCAGUUCUUGCGGAGGGAGCUGCCCGUCAGGCUCUCGCACAAGGUCGUGGAGCUGGAAAAUCUUCCAUUUGGUCUCUCAUCUAAGGCGCCAGUUCUAAAGGUUCGAGAUUGGUACGUGGAGUCUUUCAAAGAAAUUCACGGAUUUCCAGAGAUCAUGACCCCCAGCGACGAGCUCGAGUUCACGCAGCUAAUUCACGACGUGAAAGAACGACACAACCAUGUCAUUCCAAUGCUUGGCUUGGGCAUCCAAGAACUCAAGGCGGAGCUUGGAUCAACCACGCAACUUCCAGAAAUUCACCAGUUCCUCAACCGGUUCUUCUUGUCCCGGAUUGGGAUUCGCAUGCUCAUCGGACAGCAUGUAGCACUCCACCAGGAAAAUCCUCCCGGCUACAUUGGCCUCGUCUCCACGCAAGUUUCUCCCAUGGAAGUGAUCCACAAUGCUGCGUCCGAUGCACGGGCGAUGUGCUCGCGGAUCUACGGCCGCUCUCCAGACGUACACGUCGUUGGCGAUAGCGGCUUGAAAUUCGCCUACGUGCCGACGCAUUUGCAUUGGAUGGUCUUUGAGCUGCUAAAGAAUUCCUUACGGUCAGUCCAGGAACGUUUCUCUACAGCUUCCAAGACUCCUCCCGUGAAAGUCAUCGUCGCUGGUGGCACCGAAGACGUAACCAUCAAGAUAUCUGACGAGGGUGGUGGUAUACCCAGAAGUGAGCUUCCAAAGGUCUGGAGUUACUUCUACAGCACUGGUGAGAUUCCACUGCUGGACCAGAACAGAUUUCUUGAGCAACCAAGCGAUGCCAUGGCUGGAUAUGGCUAUGGACUGCCAGUCACUCGUUUGUAUGCUAGAUACUUUGGGGGAGACUUGCAGCUUGCGUCCAUGGAAGGCUAUGGGACUCAAGCUUAUCUCCAUCUCAGCAGGCUCAAGAAUACAAAAGAGCCAUAUGAUGUUUUGUGCAUAUAAAUGCACUGACAGAUUUUGUAUAUAUAUAGCAUUAGAUGAACUCAAGGUUUGGAAUCUCUUUAUACCAUGAAAACUUGGAACUUUACAAGAAUUGGUACAUGCUUUCAAACUA